AUGUCUUUAACUCCCUAUGUAAAACAGGAAAUUACACCAUACGUCAGACAAAUACGAACAUCACCACUCAGUAUACAAAACUUAGACACAUCGUAUACGAAUCAACAAUCUUCUUCACCUGUUAUUGUGUUAAAUAUUGAAGAUGCAAGAAAAAUUCCAUCGAGAACAACAGUUUCACCUUGUUUAAAACUCCUUGUGGGUCUUAUUGCUGGUUUGCUUCUCUUAGCAGCUAUUCUUGUACCAGUUCUAGUAACAGUUCUCACAACAACAACAACAACGACGACAACAACGACCACGACUACAACUACAUCGACAACAACGACAACGACAACGACAACAACUACUACAACUACAACCACAACAACAACGACUACUACCUCGACAACGACUAGCACAUCGACGACAACGACUGCUGUUCCUGGUUAA